AUGUACAAAGUGCUGAAUGUGGAACGAUUGCCCGACAUACGUCAACCACAACAACACUCGGCCGGUGCACCGAACCAACAACCCGUUUCGUUGGCGUCGUUGAGCAUGAAGAGUAACGAUCGAAAACGUCCACGAGAUAGUAUCACGACAACCGCGACCACGGACAAAACCACCGAGAAGAGUGGAGAAACAAAAGGAAAUGAUGAGGAUGGUGAUGAGGCAGUGAUCGGUUAG